UUUCGUGAAUUGGUCUACCAUCAUCAGGCAGUGUUCAUUUCCUCGCUCGGUCUUGGGUAAUUGGCCAAUGAAAUCAAUGUACGGGAAUUAGUACAGACGAAAUGCACAGGAAGUUCCUUUUCAGCCAUUAUUUGCAGUCGGUGCUGGAUACGCACCUUAGAUACACACAAUGCCAUCCGAAGCUGUAGAGAAACCUUUAGUUGAAGAUGUUAAGGACGGUUCCGACUCGGGAACAGAUUCAGACAGCGAUGAUAUGCCGGAACUAGAGGAUGGGGAUACUGCACAACACAGCAAGGUUGCAGAGGCAGCUGGUAUUAAGGAAGAGCUAGUGAGCAAGGCCAAACAGAGUCGCAGUGAGAAGAAAGCAAGAAAAGCCAUGUCAAAACUAGGACUUAAACAGGUGACAGGCGUUACACGAGUAACCAUCAGAAAAUCCAAAAAUAUUCUUUUUGUAAUUGGUCAACCAGAUGUUUACAAGAGCCCUGCUUCAGACACUUAUAUUGUAUUUGGAGAAGCGAAGAUUGAAGAUCUGAGCCAGACCCCCCAGAUGUUGGCAGCAGAGAACUUCAAGCGACCUGAGACCACGACAGGCCAUGGAGAUCUGCCCAGCACGGUGACACAGCCUAUCCAGGAGGAGUCAGAGGAUGAAGAUGAGGUUGAUGAGACUGGAGUAGAGGCCAAGGACAUUGAGCUGGUCAUGUCACAGGCCAGCGUCAAGCGAAGCAAAGCCAUUAAAGCCCUAAAAAAUAACAAUAACGAUAUUGUUAAUGCAAUAAUGGAGUUGACGAUGUAACCCUCCUGGGAGCUUCAUUUGUGUGUAUGUGUGUGUGUUUUACGUGUCAGUGUGCCUGAGCUUUGUACUGUUCCCAUCUGAACAAAAUAAAUUAUAGAAAACCCA